AUGAACACGAGUUUGUCAGGUAGUAUUAAUCAUAAUAAUCUGACAAAUGACUUAGAGGACGAGAAACUCCAGCUUAUGGAUCAAUUAAGAGACUUAAAUAAUCAAUUGAAUGACCAGAAGAAAGAAAACAAGAGAAUUGUUGAUGAAUUGAUAGAAAAGACCAAUAAGCUUCGUGACUAUUAUGAAAUCAAAGCACAACUUGAUGAAUCAAAGCAAAAUUUAAAAACAUCACAACAAGAAAACGGCGAAUUAAAGAAGAAAGUUGAUGAUCUGACAAAGAGAUCAGAAGAAGCAGAGAAUCUAGCCAAAGAACUAUCAAACAAAGCGAAACCACAAGAAAAACUUGAAAUUCAAAAUGAAAAACAACAAGAAAACAUGAAAGACCAAAUCCAAGCCAAAAACGAGAUGAUCGCAAAACUGAAGAAGAAGAUAAUUGUUCUUGUGAAAGAAAUAGAAGGGAAAGACGAAGAAAACAAACAAUUAAACCAGAAAUUAAGUGAAAUCGAAAAUGAAACAGAAGAAAACAAAGAACUGAAUCGAUCAUUCGAAUCAAAGGUCUCCAACAACGAAUUAGACCUAAAAUCAAAAGAAAAUGAAAUAAAAAUUUUGAAAUCAAAAAUAAUUGAAUUGAAAAAAGAAAUUUCCGGCCAAAACGCAAAGCUUGAAGACGUAUUAUCACAGAAUGACAAGAAGACACAAGAAAACGAGAAAUUAAAAGAAGAUUUGCAAGAAUUAUUAAAAAAAUUAGGAAAUUCAACCGACCAAAACCAACAACAAGAGAAAUUGAUAUCUGCAAACAAAGGAGUGAUUGAAUCUAAAGAUAUUUAUACAAAACAACAAGAAAGAAUCAUUGAUUCACAGCAAGAAAAGAUAAAAAGACUUAUUUCUUCGAGAAACAACUUAAAAGAAGACAUAAAACGUCUGAAAACUGAACUUGAAAAAUCUUUUAAAGAAAAUUCAGAACAAAAAACAAAAAUUGAAGAAUUAGAAAAUGCAAAAAAAGAAUUACAAGAAGAAAAUCAAGGAAUAACUGAUGCUAUGCGUAGAUUGUUGAUGCAAAGGAAUAAGAAACAAGAUGAUGUUGAUAUUCUUGGUGAAAGGAAUGAAUUAGAAAGACAAUUAAUUAAAACUAAAUUGGAAUUACAAACAAAAUGUCAAAAUGUUACGUUUUUGAAGCAGAAUUUGAUUGAAAAAGAAAAUGAUAUUAAAACUAAAUUGGCAAGGAUUGAUGUAUUAGAAAAGAAUAAUAAUAAGUUAAAAGAGGAUUUAAAUAAUUCAGAAAACGAAAAAAAUCAGGAAAUUGAAAAAUUAAAUUUAAUUAUUGACAAAAAUCAAAAAGAUAUCAAUGAUUUAUCAAAUAAACUUAAGUCUUGCGAAGUGGUAAUGAAGAAAUCAGAGGAAUUACGUGAAUCUAUUGAGAAUUACCAAAAUGAAAUCCAAAUUUUGACAGAAAAACUUGAAAAUGAACAAAAUUUUGUGAAAAUACAGAAUGAAAAGCUGCAAAAUGACAUGGAAAAACUCUCAAAAUCCAAAAAUGAAGUUGAAAUUAAACUUGAAAAUACGAAAUUGAAAGAAAUUGAACUUCAAAAAGAAUUAUUUGGUGAAUACAAUGAAGAAAACAAUCCAUUGUUGAAACUAAAACAAAUGAAAAGUGAAAUUGAAGAACUUCAAAAUGAAAUUAAAUCAAAAGAAGAGUUUAACAAUGUAAAUCUAAGAGAAAUUGAUAAUUUACAAGUCUCUCUAAACCAAACAAAACAGAAGUUGUUUUUAAGUGAUAAAAGUAAUUUGGAAUUGAAACAAAACCAAGAAAUUCUCAAAGAAAAAAUUUCAAAUUUAGAAAAUCUAAAUAAAGAAAAUUUGGAAAAAAUCAACAACCAAAAGAAAGAAAUAGGAGAAAUCAAUACAAAACUUGGUAAUGAUCAAGAAAUGAUCAACACAAAAACACAGCAACUUUUAGAUCUACAAAAUAAAUUUGAUGAUUUAGAAAAUAAGGAAAAAGAAAGAAAAAUUUUGUUUGAAGAAAUUUCUGUGAAAUACAAAGAAAUAGAAACAGAAAGAGAUAAUCUAAAGAAAAGAUUGCAAGAAGCAGAUGAGUCUGAAGCAAAGAAAGAUGAACAAAUACAGAAACUACUGCAAGAAUUAGAUGAAAUUAAUGAAAAAUUUGAAGAGAAAAAUACUGAAUUUUUGAAUAUUUCUGAAGAAAACAAAAAACUGACAAAUAAUUUGAAUAAAACCGAAAAAUCUUCUAAUAAAAAAGAAGAAGCACUUAAGCAGCUGAUAGAGAAACUAGAGAUAUCUACUAAAUCUGAAUCAAACAAAGAGAAAAUGAUAAAGAAACUGAAAAUUGCUGUUGAACAACUUUCAGAAGAAAACAAUGAUUUACAAACAAAGCUUUCAAAUCUAGAAGAAGAAAACAACUUGAAUAAGAAAGAAAUCAAGGAAAGUAAUGAUAAGAACAAUAAGUUAUCUACAAAACUUCAAGAAUUAACAAACAAAAUCAAUGAUUUUUCGAAAAAUAAUCAAAUUUUGUCAGAAAAACUUGAAAAACAAAAUCAGACAAUACAAAACUUGAAUUCUGCAUUGGAUAAGAAGAACUCAUCAAUACAGAAUGUUUCUGAUAACUAUCAGCAGCAAAUUUUGGAAAAAGAGAAUUUAA